AUGAGAGACCUGUGCUUCAAGUGCUUUGGAAUCGACUUCUCCAUCGAUUGGGGUACAUCAGAUGACGCAGAUACAUUCAUCUCUGCACAUGUUUUUUACAAGAAAUACCCUCAUCUGUGCGACAACACCGACGCUACUAAAGCAGCUGGUACGACCCUGAUCUGCGAAGCAGUCAUUGAAGAUGAAAUCGAAGAUUAUCCUCCAUCGCCACAAGACGUUCCUCUGACACAAGUGGAUAAUGACAGCAAUGACGACGCAGAAAGCACCGAUAGCGAUGACAACUGUCUUCAGCAGGAAGCGAUCCUAAACUGCUAUUUCCAUGUCGUUCAUGCGUUUUCGACAAAGCGCAGUUAUGUUGGCAAGAUGAAAGACAAAGAGUUCGCGAAACCGAAAGGUGUGGCUUAUGGUCAUGUGACGAAUAUAGCGAGUACCAAGACAGUCGAGCAGAGACAUGUCAUCACGCAACUCUACUUACAGGAUUGGAGAGAGAACAGAGACGAGGGGAAAGCGGCUGAUCACCUCGAAAAGGAAUAUUGCCGCCAUCCUAAAUGGAACUGGAAUUAUGCCUGCACAGGAGAAGUUGGUGUCUAUCCAUCGAACUGUCCCAAUGAAAGCUUCAACAGACAUGGCAUAAAGAGCGUUGCUACAGAUUGCUCGAAGAAUGCUUCCCUUGCUUCGUUCCUAGUUCACACUGCCCCCAAGCUUCUCCUCGAAGAUGCCAAUUCAAGAAGCGAUCCAUGCACUAUUGCAAUACCCUCCACCGGUUCAAUCUUCGCAGUGGCUGUUACAGGAUUCCUACGUGAAGCUGUGGACGUUGUUGAACUAGGCAAGGAUGAAUAUGGCCGUGCAUCCAGUUGGUUGUGCAAUCUCGGACGCAAGAUUGGUGUGCCACUGAACGAUCGUCGUAUUCGGUUGGUACAAGCAUCAUCGCUGGAUGGUGACAAGCGUCCUUUUGAAGAUGAAAUCCGUUCGACAGGAGGCUACGUCUUACCAGAUACAGUAGCGAAUCUAAUGAUGACAACCACCAAGACCGUCUGUCAUUUACAGUGGAAGGAAGGCAACAUUGUUGGUGACUGUGAGAACUGUGUGAAGCACCUAGGGUACAAUUGUCCUGGAGCUAUCUACCUUCGCAGCAAGCACAACCUACUAACUUGCCGACUUGAACUAUUGAGGAAGACUAAUGCCAAUGCAAGAGGCGACUUGUCCAAGGCUAGUGCACGGGGAAACACCAAGAAACUGUACGAAAGCGGACUUUCUGCAUCCACGAAACGUCGAUGUCUACCCAAGAUGCUGGAAACGUUCGAUGCCUAUCUUUGUACUCUGAAUCACCAGCAACUGUCCAAGCUUGUGCUUUAUCUACGACUGUUCAAGUUAGAUCACAAAGGAGCAGAGCCAACAAAAGGGUUGACGACUCAGGUUCUCUUGGACAAACUGAUUGCGUUUUACGACAAUCCCACAAUGAAUCGCGCUCUGCUACUAGCGAAUUACAGAAAACCAACCCCUUAUGGGGUUGUCAAGACGAUUGCUACGAACUUGAAAGAUGCCACCGAAGAGGGAACCGAGAAGAGCCAAGUGCAAGAAAAGGAGAACAACAAAUAA